GGCAGUUUGAGGGGUUCAUGUUCAUGGUUGGCUGCUUUUCUACGGUGACAGUCUACCUCAGACAGCGAGUGCUGGACUAUCGCACACUCAAACGUAUCCACAGACAGAUAGCCAAUAGUGUCUAACAUCCAGAAAAAUGCCAGAAGUGUUUCUCGAGGUGUGUGAGCUGAUCGGAGACGAGGCUGAGGUCCCGGUAGAGUCAGCUGUAUGCUUGUUUCUACUCCAGUAUCUUCAACAUCCCCCUGACGUGGCAGUGACACUCGUACUCACUGAGCGCACUGACCAACCCUCACUGAGUGUCAGUGUGGGACAGUCAGUGCGCUCAGUGACCCCAGACACACUACAGUGCCCAGUGUCUGACUGUUGUCUGCCUGUGUUCACUGCCGGAGGUGACAAUUGUGUGGCCGGGCUGUGCGGUGUGCUUAGACAGGUUGUGAAGCACAGUGGGGAAGAGUGGAGACACUUGCUGGGGUUUAGAGAAGGUUGUUUGUUUGCUUGCGCAGAGGUGUCAUUAUGGACAAAGUUUUGUGAAAUAGACAUUGUACAAGUCGUGAAAGACAUUUUAAAAACAGACUUUGCAGGUGAAUUUAAAAUUCCUGUACACCUGGCGAGAUUCGAGGAACACCUUAAACAACCAGUCCGUAUGCACAACCUGGGUAAAGUAAAAGUGCAGACGGAAAACAACCGAGACGUCGAACACAAAUUCGCAGAAGGCCCGACAAUGUCAUUGGCCGACUUGAUUGUUCUUCCUUGUGUUUAUAUUGUAUAUCAAACUAUGUCUGGUUUACAGUUCAGUGAAUAUUUACCGUCGGUUGUAAAGUGGUACGAGUUAGUCAUUAAUGAUCCUUUAGUGGUGAAAGGAUUGAGUUGUUUAAAGAUUCGGACUCGCUAUACUUUAUUGAGUUUCAUAUUGCCAGAAGUUCCACAACAAAGUCUAUACAAGAGUGACCCGAAGAGAUACAAACCCAAGUUGAGGCAGUUCACACGGCAAGAGGAUGUUGAAGAAGCUUUGAGGUCAAUAGACGGAAUAGAUCUAGAUUUUGACUGCGACUCAUCUCCUUUUGGCCACGAGAUUGAGUUUGACUGGACAAAAACAAUGAUUGACAUUCAACCUGACGUGCCUCAUAAUCGUCUAGCAAGGAAACUACAACAGCUGGAGAAUUUGGCCAAGGCUGUCAUUAAGGUAGCGAAGCCUGGUGACAAGAUUGUAGACUUCUGCUGUGGUAGCGGACACCUUGGUGUGGUGUUGGCUUAUUGUCUACCUCAGUGUCAUGUUGUUCUACUAGACAACAAGGAACAAUCCCUUGACAGAGCCAAGGCCAAGGUACAUUCCCUCGGCCUGACCAAUCUAACAUUCAUACAGUCAAACCUGGACUACUUCAAAGGACCGUUUCAGAUCGGAGCCUCUCUACAUGCAUGUGGAGUAGCUUCAGACUUAGUUAUUGAGACGAGUCUCCAGAGAAAAGCAGCUUUUGUUGUGUGUCCUUGCUGCUAUGGAUCCUUGCAGAGUAACCACGUGGUGAGCUACCCGCGGAGCUCGGUGUUGUCUGCGCUGCCGCUGCGUCAAUACCUGGUGUUGGGUCACUGCGCAGACCAGACUCACAAACAGACGUACGCCAAGAGUGAGCAGGGCGAGCGCUGCAUGCAACUGAUAGACUCGGACCGGUGUCUUCUAGCCAGAGAGAGUGGUUAUCGAGUGUCUCUAGCCAAGCUGAUCCCUUCCACUUGCAGUCCUAAGAAUAACCUUCUUGUUGGAAUACCAGAGACUGCUUCUGUGUCUUAAUAAAGUAUUUUUUACAAAGUUAAA